UCCGUUCAACGUGGUUGUCGUCGUCGUCGUUGGCGGCCUCGCGAUUUGAAUUCGGAUUUCGAGAGUGCUGCCGAGUGUGAAUCUACUGUGAUUCAAUUCGAAUCAGUCGCGUAAAAAACCAGUGCGACGUCGGGCGCGAGCUUUUUAUCGGCCAUGAUUGAGAAUAAUUUAGAGCUGUAAAGGCGAAAUACUGUGAUUGUUUAGUAUUGCACGUGCGUCGGAAUUGAUUCGGCUACACAUACGGAAACUAAAUUCUUAAGUUUGCGUUGCGAAUCAAUUGGGAUUUGAUGUGAUAUAUAAUAAUAUAGUGCGGAAUUAGUUUAAUUAUUUAUUGUAUUGGAAUAUUUAUUAUUUAAGUUUGUAAUUUACCCUAACACUCACUGAAGAUGAACGCGUCGGACGCAGAAGAAGGUAAAGGCGAUGCGGUGACGACAGCCGGCGGCGGUAAUUCGGGCGCGUCGACAGCGUCCACCGUCGCGGUGUCGGCGGCUUCCGGCAAGCCGGGCGAUGCACUGCCGAAGAUCGAAAAGUGUCGCGUCUACAAGAUCCGCUGGCUCGUGCUGGCCAUCUUCGUCCUGUACUCCACCUCCAACGCCAUGCAAUGGAUACAGUACUCGAUCAUCGCCGACGUGGUCGUCAAGUAUUACGGCGUGUCGACGACGUGGGUCGAUUGGACAUCGAUGAUCUUCAUGAUUCUCUACAUUCCGUUCAUUUUUCCUGGCAGUUACAUGCUGGAUAAAUUGGGCCUGCGCGUGGCGGUGUUGAUCGGCAUUAUUGGCACGUGUGGAGGGUCCUGGUUAAAGGUGGCAUCCGUCCAUCCCGAUCGCUUUUGGGUUGGCUUUGUCGGUCAGAGCGUCGUAGCGCUGUCACAAGUGUUUAUCCUGUCGGUUCCUGCGAGACUUGCUGCUGUAUGGUUCGGACCGAGUCAAGUUUCAUCCGCUUGCAGUAUUGGCGUGUUUGGGAAUCAGCUAGGUGUCGCUGUGGGUUUCCUCCUGCCGCCCAUGUUGGUUGAUGGGCGUGGCUCCAUCGCUGAGAUCACAUCUGAUUUGUAUGUUAUGUUCAUUGGGGUUGCUGUCUUCACCACCGUCCUGCUUAUCUUGAUCGUUAUCUUUUUCAAGGCCGGCCCACCAACUCCGCCCUCGUUUGCGCAAGUGCAGUCGCUGCAGGAUGAAGAAGGCGUCAACUUCCUGCAGUCUAUUAAGAGAUUGAUGACUAAUGUUUCUUAUCUGCUGUUGUUGAAUGCUUACGGAAUCAACGUUGGCAUUUUCUAUGCUAUUUCAACGCUGUUGAAUCAGAUUAUUCUACAGUAUUAUCCUGAUGCAGCUGAAGAUGCAGGAAGAAUUGGUUUGGUGAUUGUUUGUGCAGGAAUGGUCGGUUCGGUGGUUUGCGGUGUUGCACUCGACAAGUACCACAAAUUCAAGGAGACAACGCUCGUGGUGUACGCAUUCUCGUUGGUGGGGAUGAUUAUUUAUACCUUCACGCUGGCCAAGGGUAUUUUGGUCGUGUACAUUGUUUCCGGGAUAUUAGGUUUCUUCAUGACCGGCUUGCUCCCAGUUGGAUUCGAGCUAGCUGCGGAACUGACAUACCCGGAACCGGAAGGCACGUCCGCCGGGUUGCUGAAUGCCGCCUCCCAGCUUUUCGGCAUUGCAUUCACCACCAUCUACUCGAUACUCUUCAACAACUACGGUGACUUCUGGGCGAACAUCACCAUGUCGGGCAUGCUGGUUGUCGGCACCAUUUUGACAGCGUGCAUUCGCUCCGAUCUCCGGCGGCAGGCUGCACAACAAAGCAAAAAAUAAACCACUCACCCCCAACAUACCAAAAACAAAAAGAAAACUCAAUUUGGGGGGCGGAAAACACACAUCAUUUCCAUUCGAACGUCCAAACACCACUCGAUACGAUCAAACGAUACUAAAACAACACAAAAUGGCGGAAGCAACAAGUAAACACUACAAAAAUGAAUAAAAAUGCAAAUGAUAAUGAAAAGCCAGGAAAUAUUAGAUAAGCCGUACAACAAAACAAUAACGAAUGUGAUUAUAAUGCCAAACUAUUGCAAGUAACACAAAAACAAACUUUGUUUGAGAACAAAGCAAAAACACAUUUGAAGGUUGAAGAUGCAAAGAAAUAUUUUGGAUUUUAGCCGUUGUUAUACCUAAAUAUAAAUAUAAGCUAACAAGCAGAAACAAUAAGAAAAUAACAAUAAUUUUACCUAAAUGCUACUAAUAGCUCCAAAAAAAGAGAUAACCAGAGAUAUUUACAAGUUUUGACUGUGAAUCGACAAAUAAUAGGAUUUACCUCAGAGAAAAGAGUUGUUUAGUCAUAGAAGAACUGUGUAUUUUACCAUCUAAGUAUUAACUAAUAAGUACUCAUCGUAAUUUAUUUAUUGUUUUGUUAAUUAUUAUCAGAUGGUACCAGUAUGUCAGAAAUCAGAGUGAAUGUGAAGAAAAUAUAUUUUGCAAAGGUAUUAAAUAUGUGAAAAUAACAAUAAUCACAAAAGAAUAUUAAAGUAUGACAAUAAUAACAAUACAAUAAUAACAAAUAGCUGCUAAACAUUCCAAAACAUCCAAAAAUAAUUUUUGACAGAUGUUAGUAUGUUAGGCAACCAAGUAGGCACUCAUGUUUAGAGUAUGCUUAUCCAAUGUGAUGUUUUCUAGUUCAUUUUAGUUUUAAAAUUGUUUCGAAUGAUAUGAAUGAUGUUAAAAUGAUGAAAUAUGAUUAUAAUUGUAUUGUUAACACUGUUAACGAAGAGCUAGGCGUAAAAACGAUCCUAAAUCUUAUCUAAACCUAAUCUAUUUAUUGUUAAUGUUUAAGAGCAAUCGUUUAAGAGAUUUUUAUAGUUGCGAAGUCGGAAGAUGUUUUUGUGGCGCUCGCCAAAUGUAAGAAUCUUUACUUCCUGUUUCUAUAAUGAUACUCUACUAUAAUGAAACGUGGAGAAAACUAUGAGGAAACGAUGAAAAACUAUGAAAUCUAUAUUUACUGUGAGUCUAGCAGGCAGGCGUUUAGUCAAUGCGCUGUUAGCAGAUAUUUCUGUAUUCCUAUCUGUAUCUAAUGUUAAGUCACAUGCUCUAUGAAGUCUACCAAGUGAAAAGAAUACAAUAAAUAGUUAUAAGUAUCUAGCGAGAGAAAAGAAAAACACAAUACAAUACAAAAUGAAAGAUUGCACUUGUUACACAAUUCACACUUAACUGUCAAGUCGGAAAUGUUGGCAAGCAAACGCCAUUAAAAUAUAAAUAUAAAGUAAAUCAUGAUGGAAAUUGCAUGACAAUGAAUUUUUGCAAUCAUUGGAUGUUAAACAAGCGAGAAAAAAGUUUAAAAUAUGGAAAAAUUUGGUUAUGACAAUAUGAUGACAAUAAUAGGCAACCAAACAUACACGAAACACACAACUAGUUCAUUUUAACUCUUGCAUCUUGCUAUAGAUAUUAGACGAUGAAAUGCUUCCAGUAUUUUGUGAGUUUAUCUGUGACAAUAAGUAAAUGUACCUAAAACCACCUGAAGAAAGCAAACAAUAAUGGUAACAAUGUAAUAAAACAAUAAUCUAUCCUAGAAUGUAAUAUACAAUAAUUACUUCUUCCAAAUUACGAUGAGAGAUGUUGAAUAUGAAGCAAUUAUUUUUAUCAAUCGAAAAUCUCUUGUAUUGCGUGUGUUAUGAGUAAUAAAUGUACAAAAAACCGAAAAAGUGUAUGAAAACUAAAGGUACAAGUAAUCGUAAGCACACAAAAUGAAAGGCUCAAGAUUUGCGUUGUGAACAAACAUUGAAAAUCUCUUUAAAACAAUAAAAUAAAGAGUAAAGAGAAUACGUAGAAAUAUAAAUUGUAUAAACACAGUUGAAAUGUUUUUAAAAGUUUAGAGAAAGAUUGAAUUUUUGUGGCUUUGAUAUUUUUUGUAAUUCGGUAGGUAAUGAGUGUAUUAACGCCGUUAUAUUUAUAAAUUCCAAAAAUAUAUGAAGACAAAUAAAAAUAAAAGCGUACGCGCACCAAGUACGAGUAUUUUGAUGUAUUUUGAGCGGCUUGGAUUGUCUCCUCAAAAAAUUUUCAACUUUUCGACGGUUUGACAACACGCAAAUGAAACCGAAAGUGAGGCAAUGUUAAAAACACACUAUAAUCAUAUGUACAAUGUACAAUAAUUAACAUUCCAUUCAAAUAAUUCACAAAUAACAAUGAUUGAUAAUAAAUUGUUCUAGGUCGUGUAAAAAAUCUAUAUUGAUGCAGCUAAAGACGAAAUAAAUUAAUAAAUGUUAAAUAAAA